CUCGUUCAUUGGUGAAUUGAACCCUGAUUGAACCUUACAGUCUAUGGAUUGAACCGCAUAUUCAUGACGUUGUCAAGCCAUCUUUUGUGCAGUAGUAUCCCGUGGCCUUUUUCACGGCAACAUUAUCAACAUACAGCGACAGAGGGAACCGACAUGUAUGAAUUUUAAAGGAACAUUCAGUCCUUUGAAGUUUAAUGAAGGACAAAGACAGGCGCUAACAAAAACCUAAUGUGUUAGGUUAACUUCUCUUCCUCUCCUCCUGGUUAUCUCUGCUCCGUCCGGUGCUGCUAUGGACGGCUCUCUGCUACCCCUGCUCACCGUCGUGCUAUCGGCCUGGGCUGCUGUCGGAGAUCCGACCGGACCAGUACAUGUGGACGGAGCUCCACCCUCCAAAAUAGCGGUGGUUGGGGCGGGGAUAGGAGGCAGUGCCACGACACAUUUCCUGCGGCAGCACUUUGGCCCUGAGGUCCAGGUGGACGUGUUUGAGAAGGGGGAGGUUGGAGGCCGUCUUGCAACUGUAACAGUCAAUCACAAUGACUAUGAGUCUGGGGGCUCCAUCAUCCAUUCCCUCAACCUUCACAUGCAGGACUUUGUCAAACAGCUAGGCUUGAAGUACCGUCGCAGUGUGGCAGGUAAGACGGCAGUGUUUAACGGCGAGGAGGUGAUUCUGGAGGAGACAGACUGGUACCUGUUGGACCUCUUCCGGCUUUGGUGGCGCUAUGGCAUCAGCUUCAUACGCCUGCAGAUGUGGGUGGAGGAAAUUAUGGAGAAAUUCAUGAGGAUCUAUAAGUACCAGGCUCAUGGAUAUGCGUUCAGCACGGUGGAGGAGUUGCUGGACUCUCUCGGAGGGAGCGGUUUCAUAAACAUGACUCAGAGGCCGCUCUCUGAUUCACUGCUGGAGCUGGGUGUGUCGCAGCGCUUCAUCGAUGAGGUCAUCGCGCCCGUCAUGAGGGUCAACUAUGGUCAGAACGUCAGCAUCCCGGCCUUUGUAGGCGCUGUGUCUUUAGCUGGUGCCCAGAACAACCUGUGGGCGGUGGAAGGAGGCAACAAGCUGGUGUGUUCAGGCCUCCUGAAGAUGGCCAACGCUAACCUGCUGCAAGCACAAGUCACCUCUAUCUCCCCGCUCUACUCAGAGUUUUCGACAGAGUUGCCUCAGUACGAGCUGAACUUCAGCACAGCAGCAGGGACCAGUUCAGAGCUGUAUGACAUUGUGGUGUUGGCGACACCGCUCCAGGCCAGUGUCAGGUCAGGAGUCCUCUUCCAAGGUUUCAACCCCCCCUUUGACGAACUCCCUGGAAACUAUCACGGCACUGUAGCAACUAUUGUCCAUGGUUACCUCAACACCUCCUUCUUUGGUUUCCCGGACCCCCGCCUGUUCCCUUUCGCCAGCAUUUUGACAACUGAGACGCCUGAUCUGUUUUUCAACAGUGUAGCCAGCGUUUGUCCCGUCAACAUCUCGACAGGCUUCAGACGUAAACAACCGCAAGAGGCCGGAGUCUAUAAAGUUUUUUCACCUCAACCUCUGGAGAAGAGUCAGCUCAAAGCACUGUUCAGGUCCUACUACUCGGUGCAGGUGACAGAAUGGCAGGCCUACCCUUGUUACGGCAGCAGCGAGGGCCUGCCGCCUGUGGAGCUCCACCCAAAUCUCUACUACCUCAAUGGCAUCGAGUUAGCCGGCAGCGCCAUGGAGAUGAGCGCUGUGGCGGCCAAGAACAUUGCUCUGCUGGCCUAUCAUCGCUGGAACAGACAGACAGACAUGGUGGACCAGAAAGAUCUGAUGCACAGGAUCAAAACUGAACUAUGACCUGGUCAGCUUACAGCUGAAACCUAGAAGUGUAUAUGCUGUGAAGCAGAAAAGAAGGGGUCAGGGUAAUUGUAGCUCUUUUAGUGUCACAAAGCUGUAAACUGCACAAAAAGUGAGCUCUUAGCUCUGCAAUUUGAUCAGUAAAAUAUUUGUAAUAGGAUACUACAAUGUGACAGGUUUGGUUUGGGGCUUUUUUGUGCUUUUAAUUAGAGAUAGGACAGUGGAUAGAGUCAGAAAUCGGGGAGAGAGAGAGAGUGGGGAAUGAUAUGCGGGACUACAGACUACGUACAUGAGGCGCGCUAAAAACCUCUACGUUACUUUUUAUUAUAAUUUAUUACUAUAAACAGCAUCUUGAACACUGGAUUUGAUAACACUUGAUUGUGGAUAUAUUAUAUCCUGACCCUUCUUUUCUUUGAAUAAACUUCAACAUACAUUUUAAAGGGGCGUCCGAUAGCCUAGUGGUUAUGUCGUGCGGCCCACGUACGGAGCCUAAAGUCCUCGCCUCAUCAGCCGUGCGUUUAUAGUAAAAUCAGGUGUCAGCCCUUUGCUGCAUAUCAACACCCACUCUGUCCUCCCAAUGUUUCCUGUCUCUCUUCAGCUGUCCUGUCCAAUAAAGGUAGAAACGGCCCAAAAAUAUAAAUUCAAAAAACAUACAUUUUCAACAGAAGAGUUGCAUUAAGUCUUAAACUCAUUUGAAGUCUAGUUGUUAAAGGCAUAUGAAGGCAAGUUUCUGAUUUCACUGACUGCUUCCUCUAUAUGUCAGCGAUUUGCAGUCUUGGAUUGGGAUUGAUUGCUUUGGUUAAUAAGUGAUUUCAUCCAAAAUUCAAGCUGCAGUCAGCUUUUCUGGGCUAAUGCCGUUUAACAGAGUUGCUUGUAAACUUCAAAAACACUUCAUGCCAGCAUGAAUUAAAGCGUUAAAAGGCUAUUGUAACAUUAUUCCAGUUACUGUUUUAACUUAAACAACAGCAGCACUAUUAGCUGUUUACUUCCUCUAACUGUUUGAACUGCAACACUUUGUUCAUUCAGAAAAUAAUUCUGAUGUGACUCAUGGACAUGGCCACUGGUGCCAUGCUCUGUUGCUCCUUUCAUCAGACUGUUUCAUUAUCUCCCCUUCCUGCUGCUUUUGUUGCGUAAUCCAGCGGAAAGAUUUUUUUUUUUUUUCUGGGGAAUGCAGCCAACAAGCUUUCACACUGGACCAAAUGCAAGCAGAGGGCUGAUCUGUGGAGCGAUGAAGAUGACACUUUUUUCUUUGAACCAUGUAAAUAUAACGCAUUUUUAAUAAACUACUAUGGUCUUUGAAAAACACAUGAAGAUGGAGCUGACCCUUUAGUGUUAGAAAUGACAAGUACACCAAAAAGAAGGUGGUAUGUUGAAGCAUUUAAAAAAAUGACUGUUUAAUAUGCUCAUAUGAAUUCAGAUCUGCCUUGUUUAAAUCAUAUUUAUUAACAAAAUUCUAAAAACAGUGGAUUUGGACUAAAGUAGUUUUUGGACUCAGAAAAACAAAAAACUUGUCAAGUGAAUGUGCUGUGACUUCAGUUAUUCUCAAUUAAUGGAUAUUGAUAUUGUGUCGUAAUGAGGAAACAACAAUACCCUUUAAACUGAGGAAUUUGUUUGAAGAAGUCAUGAUGGUGUCAGAAUUAAAGCCUUGACACAAUAAAAGUAUUUAUCUGAAAUAAAAGAAACAUAGUCGCUAAGGUUUUCAAGACUACUGGAAGAAGUAUUUUGACACCUAGGUUAAAAUAAUUCUUCCAACAAAAGAAAAUCAACGACAAUGCAGGUUUCAAAGUUAAGGUACUCGUUAUGCAGUAAAAUCCCCUCCAUGACUCAUAUUUACAUAAAUAAUAUUAUUGGAUUCAUAUUACUGAUGCAUCUUUCUGUUAUGCCAGGUAAAGGAGGAUUCAAUCGCUGUGUAUACUGUGAGGUACUCAAGGACAGUUUUCAGUUAUCUUUCUGUCAGCUAUCAUAAAAUAAGUCUUUGGGGAUGAGAUGUCGUUAAUGUGGGGAAAGAAGAAAACAAGUUCUGAAAUGCAAAAUUUGUGGGUUUUUUUUAUUUUCACUUUCAUCUCAUCUUUAAAUUUUGUGAAACCACUGGAUUUAACCUUUCACAAUGUGUGGGACAUUACAUUAAAUCUUGUUUUGAAUGUAUUUUACAAAUUCAGUACAACAGUGCUUAAUGUAGAAGGAGUAAAGAGUACAAUAUUUCUCUCUUGACCUGUAAGGAUGCACUUUAAUCCGUUGUUGAUCAGGUGCCUGAGUUUUUCACUGAUUUUUGCUCAAAGUAAAUAAAUCCAAUAAUUUCCAAAAUGUGCAUGUUUAUGUUGACUUUAGGAACAGACGAAGUGGGGAAAAACUGAGCUAACAUAAUCCUGUGAUAUCAAUUAUUAAAUGACAAUGAUUAAUAAGACAGAUGUGGCUGAUGACACGUAUGCAGUGUCACUCUUGUAUCUUUCUUUUCUAUCAAGAUCAGCAUGUUUCAUAUUCCAUCUGCAUCCAAACAGUUUUAAGUGUUUACAACGUAUACUGUUCAUUAUUCUGGCUGUUUAUAAAAAGAAAAGCACUGGA